AUGGCUACUACAAGUGCAGAAGCACAAGAUAGGCUGAAAUUGUAUAAAUUUACGAAAAUACUAACCUUGAAAGUAGCCCAGAUAGUCGUACAAAGCAGGCAUGGCAAAAAGAUAACUCAGGAAUGUAACAACACAAAGGCAAUUGAACAUAAUUUAUCUUCAUCACCUUCUAAUUUACAAUGGUUUAACUUGUCGAUUCCUGAUGAGCCUGAAGUCACUUAUGAUACAAAAAAAGUUCUCAAUGGAGAAGUAGUGAAUGCUUUAGCGAAGGUACUAUGUAUUGAAAUAUCACUACGAACUAAUGAUGGUGAUAGAAUGGUACUUGAGAUAUGGACAGUGAGAAUUGUACCAGGUGGUGACCCAAAUAUGAACUCCAUAUCAACAAUAUAUUACCGUAUGAGUAUAAUGUUGAAAUCUACAUUAAGCAUAUCAAGAAUCACACCAGCAUACAAAAUGUCCAGAUCGCAACACAAGGAAACUUAUACUAUUUCACAUAAAAUUUAUGGUGGAGACCCAAAUUUUGAUCUCUUAGGCGAAAAACAUAAAACCAUAAAAGUGAGUGAUUUACGGACUUCUAUUGGUACAAUACUUAUUGAAGUAGCCUAUAGGACAAAGAUGACCAUUUUACCUGAGGAUAAAAUUAAACCACUGGAUGGCGUGAGUUCUUCUACAGUUAGCGACAUUAUGGUUAAGAGUGACCAUUUUUAUGAAAGUCCUAAGAAAACUUAUGACAAAAAGGAAAUAGAUCUAUCAAAACCACUCACAGCAGGAGCAUUUGUUGAUACUAUUAAAAUAAAAGAACUACAUGAUGCGCUAAGUCAAAAAAUACCACCAGAACCUCCAAUGUCAUGGCUUUUAGCUGAAAAGGACAAAUUAGAUAAAAAAUUGAAGGGUUUGCUGGAGAAGACGGAAGAACCUGUGAAGUCUGUCCCAAGUAAUGAAGGUGCUGGCACAUCUUCCCAUGCUUUGAGCAAAGCUAUAGAAGUCCCUAAAGCAAAUGGUGAUAAAUACACUAGUCUUAUGGAAUUCCCAUUCGCUGAUGGCAGUCCUUUGACUGAAUUGGCCACAUUUUAUCAAGAGUGUUUGCAAGCUAAGUCAACGAGUGAUGAGUGGACUGAACUCAUUGGUGAGUCUGUUUCCACUGACUCGGAGUCUCUCUCUCAACAGUUAAAAAUGUUUGAAGAAGCUGUACCAGAAUUUGAUAACAUGGUUGCUUCUAUGUUUAGCAAUUCUGACUGCUCUGAUCAUUCUUAA